UGAUUUGAUCAUAUUUGAUGUUCCAUGUUCCAUGGUUCAUUUCAUUUCUUUUCUUUUUAUAAGUUUAUCUUUCUCUUUCUUUUGUAUGAGUAUCUGUCAAAAUGACGAAGGGUACUUCGAGUUUCGGAAAACGGCGUAACAAGACUCACACUCUGUGUAGGAGGUGUGGAAGGUCUUCGUACCACAUCCAGAAGUCACAGUGUGCCCAGUGUGGAUACCCUGCUGCCAAGCUACGUUCCUAUAACUGGUCAGUGAAAGCCAAAAGGAGGAAGACCACUGGAACUGGCCGUCUUCGUCACCUCAAAAUUGUCAGAAGGCGUUUCCGUAAUGGUUUCAGGGAGGGAGCAAAACCAGUCAAGAAAUCUACAUAGUUUGUAAACUAUUUGUUAUAAAUAAAACAUAAAAAUACAAAAGACAUUGUAGAUUUUUUUGU